AUGGAGCAAAUCGUAGAAGGUGUGCGCAGACUGCUGCCGUACUCUAUGCAGCGCGUCUUGCCCUUCCUGCAAGCUGCGCAUGAGACAGCAGAUCAAGAAGAGACCAAAGUACCAGAUGAACCUGUCAAGCUUGCUCCUGGUCUUCAUAAAGCUCCUCGCCGCUACUUCCAUGCUCUUGCUAAAGCGCUUCCUGAAGUGCCGCCAGAGAUUAUCUUGCGCAUCUUGGAUGAAGCUGGCCUGUAUACUCGCUAUGUAACCGCUCGCCUUCCUUCCUGCAGCAUCUUGCAGCAUACGAAUUACACAGUCGUCGCAAGAACACCGAGACUGUCUUCUUAUGGAGUGAGUAGUCUGCGCAGCAUCACCUUCCGCUUCUCGUCCCACGAUCAAGGCUUCUCUGGCGAGCCUGCGCAGUUUCAUGGCACAUUCGAGCACUCCCACACCUGGUUUGAAGCAGCAGUGACAGAAAAUAUGACUGCCGAGCGGCUACAACCCCCGCCUGUGCAGCGUCUUGAUAUUCAACAUAAUCGGCAUGCCUCGCGUCAGUUUGAGGAAUACGAGGUUACUUUUGCCAUUGGGGAGAAACCAUUCGAGCAUCUCGCAGAGGGGCAAGGGAUUGUGCUGUUAGCUUGUGCGCUUUAUCCUGCAUGGCGAAAUGUCGUCGAGUGGGCAGAAAUUGAACUGGCUUGGGUAGACACGUUUGAUGAAGGACAACCGCCUUACUUUCUGGAUGGGGAUCUACCUGUCUAA